AUGGAUCCACACAUUGAUUCCUUGGACAGAAGUUGGAGCAACGGUGGUCAUGAGAAAGGGUUAACAUUCUUCGAUCGCCUGGCGGAUGAAGCUGCUGAGGAAAAUUCAGCUAGCAGUAGUGGUGUCCUUUCAAGCAUAUUCGGUCGUUUCUGGCGACCACAGAAUGCCACUGACUCCGAACGCACCGGACCAGCUACGUUUUUCUUAGAAAAUUCAAAAUCGCGAGAAAACGAAGAUGAAGCGGUCCUAGAUACGCUUUCCAGUAAUCCAUUAUCGGGAGAUAACAGCGAUUCCAACUCUGUAACACCCAAAACACUUGUUAGUGGUCUUUACGACAAUGCUCUUGAUUCUCCCAGCGUUAGCAACAGUCAGGAUGGUGAUACUGUUCCGAGGAAACUCUCUGACAAACUUUCCAACAUGUUCAGGACUGGGCAGAAGCAGGGGUUGAUGGAUUACAAUCGAAGCAACUUUCGUCAAUACUGGAUGCCGGAUUCUACUGGUAAAGAGUGUUAUCAAUGUGAAGAGCGAUUUUCGACAUUCAGACGAAGGCAUCAUUGUCGUCUCUGUGGACAAAUAUUCUGUGCAAGGUGCUGCAAUAUUCAUGUGCCUGGAUCCGCAUUAGGCUACUUAGGAGAUCUGCGACUCUGUCACUAUUGCGCUAAGAUGAUGGCACAAUAUCUGCCGCCUGAGGAAGAUCGCAUACAAUCUGAAGAACUCAUUCAUGGUACUGUUCCGAAUGAUGAGCCAAUGACUUCAGUCAACGAUACGCUAGGCUCUUCAAUGAGAACAGUUUCGACAGUUUCAUCUGGUUCGAUGAUGUGGACCCGUCCCUCCGAAAUUGGUUCCUCAUCACUUGAAGACGGUGACACUUCUUUCGGUGCUCCUAAACCGCUACCUAAACCACCGUCUCUUCUUUGUGCUACAGAGUUAUACCUUCAACACGAAAAAAGAUCUGACUCCCAGCCCGCCAGCGUUAGAGCAGGACUGCGAGAAGAUGAAGAAUCGGGUCCAGACUGGUUUCGCAAUAUGGAUACAGAUGCGAAUUUUCCUAUGAGAGACAGCGACCAUAAAUUGCAUGGUGAAGAAGUGCGCAUCACGGAGAAUCAUUUUGACCCACUUCCGAUCUCUAUUCUUCAUGAGAAGUGUGAUGAAAAGAAGACGUUGUCUGCCAAGUCUUCUGUUACUCUAUCUCCUUCCAAAACCCAAUUCGACGAUGACAUAGACCGCGCCUUUGACGUUCGAGCUGAACGGUUGUUAACUUAUGUUUGUGACAGAGAGAGACUACGUGACCUCAGGUGGAAGCCAAUAAUUUUAAACUUAGCUAAAGAAAUAGCCCACACUGUUAAAGUCGACGUCAUAAAACGGCGAGAUGAGAUGAAUAUCCUCAAUUACGUGCAUGCGAAAAAGCUCUAUGUAGAACAAGAGGGUCCAAGUGCUGAACUUAUAUGGGGUGUUGUGUGCAGCAAAAGCGUUCAACAUCUGUCGAUGGCUGAGCCGCUAAAGGAUGCCUCCGUCAUGAUUGUGGCUGGAUCUAUUGAGUACGAGAGGGUGCCAGGUCGACUGUCCACAAUUGAACCGAUUCUUUGUCAAGAAGGGGAAUUCCUUGCGAAACAGGUCGAACGAAUCUUGUCACGUCGUCCCUCUGUUUUGCUCGUUGAGGGAAAUGUGUCGCGAUUAGCAUCAGAUCUUUUGCGAGAGGCUGGAGUACGUGUGGUUGUGAAUGUUAGUGGGCGAGUUCUCCAUCGAGUAGCACGUUCUACGGGAGCCGAUAUUUUGCCAAGCUCUGAUGCGCAAUUAAUUCAGCAAAAUAUCGGAUUUUGCCCCUAUUUCGCACAGCGUUCGUUUAACUGUAAGGAUGGACGUCAGAAGCUGCUACUGAUUCUGGAUGAAUGUCCUCCAGAUCGAGGAUGUAGUGUUUUAAUAAAGGGUGCUGAUGCUCGAGAACUUAGGGCUGUCAAGCGUAUUCUUCUUUUCCUUACCUCAUUGCUGUAUUCAUCACGCCUUGAAAAAGCUUUUCUUAAUAUGUUUAACAUUCGGAUGGCUUAUCAAGUAUCGAAUUGUGAAGUAUGUGAAGCUCGUCAGGAGAACAUCGAUCACAAUGAUGAAAAGUCUGAUUUUGAACUAGCGUUGAUCGACUGUGUUCUUUGCACGUCCCCAUUUAUUAACCACGAGCCUCCUUAUUUGAAAUCUGCUAGAGGAAGGAAUUGUCCUCUCUUGCCGUAUUUCAAUGUACCUGUAUACCAGUUUUUCAACGAAAAAGAUUUUGAUGCUCGUCGAAUCGAUGAGGAGAAUGAAGUCCGACGAAUCCUCAGCAAACAGUGCAAGGUUCCUGUUCCGGAUACACCUCGUCAUUGUUACGCUUUAAAUGGUGCUCGUGAUUCUAACAAAAAAAGGAAUAUCGGUGCAUUCCGUGCAUUGAGUGGUGUUAUUUUCAAGAAACGAUUGCAAUUAAGAGAUCUUGAGUUGCGACCUCGACAUUCCAACAAGGAGGAGCGCCACCAAACUCGUCGACACGACAUUCUGGAUCCCUAUGUGCAUCAACGCAUUGCUGUACUUUUUGGAUCGUUCUCACCAAAGUCACCUAAUGCUCCUUAUUUUUGCGUUCGACCAUGGGUAGUCAACAUGGAAUUCUAUGGUCCUCAUGAUAUGACGUUGGGGGAAUUUCUUACCAAGUACUGUUUUAAUAAGUCUUACGAAUGUCCUUCCUCCAAUUGCGAGGUUCCGAUGUUAGACCAUUCCAGAAAACUCGUAUAUGGACGUGUGUGUGUCGAAGUUACGACGCAGAUAGUUGUCAGCGGAUCCGAAGAAUCCACCAUUGGUAACGCAGUGCCUAGCCAAAUUUAUGCAUGGAAUUAUUGUAACAGUUGCAAACUUUCAUCUCCUGUCAUUCCAAUGGGCAUGUCUGUGUGGCAUCUGUCAUUUGGAAAAUAUCUGGACUAUAUAGCUUAUUCCACCUUUUCGCAGGGAGGAGACACCGCAUCUCCGAUAAAACAGCAAUGCUCGCAUUGCUUUUUUCACGAACAUACUCACUUUUACUCUCUCGGAAACUUUGUAGCUGCCUUCAAAGUUACCCCGGUGCAUCCUUACAAUGUGCAAUUUUCUCCAGUGCAAUGUCGAAUCGUUCCUAAUCAAUAUACGAAGCAAACACUUUUGGAUGGGGUCACGAGAAUGGCUUCGCUUGCUGAUGACAUAAUUCGUACUGCAGAAGAUCGUCUAGCUCUAUUCACAAAACAUGAUCACUACAGUCAAUACGCUGGAACAUUCCAUACUGUUCUGAGACAGGUGGUUGACAAAACUGCAGUGGUGAUCCUUGAAAAGCGGAAGUUCGCGGAUGAACUCAGAACUGUAGAUCGUAACAUCAUUUCUUCCAACGACAUUUUUGCAGUUAAGGCUAAUGAGGCGCUAAUGCAUAUACGUGAAGCAAUUUAUCUUUUGAUAACCACAUGGAAUGACCAAAGCACAGUACUUGCGGCAACUGUACGCGCAGUCAAAAAGACCGCAGAAGAUAGUAGCCUCGUGUCCGAGUCGACCGAGAUAUCACUGGAAAGAAUUGAUGAUCCUUUCCCUUCGUAUUUGCAUCUCGGAUUGAAGUUACAACCAAGGGUAGGCGUGGUUGUCAGAGAUAUACUGGACUCCAGAGGAAACUACAAACCAGAUAUCGGAAGUAUAAUAGCGUAUGCGCUUUCUGCAGCGGAUUACGAGGAAAACCGCCGCAAACAAAGAGAAGCGGCGAAAGGUGAACAACCUCCACUUAAUUUAAAUUCGAGCAGUGCAGCACUGGAUGAACAAGUUAUGGCAGCAGAACAUCUUGAAGUUGAAUUCCAGGAUAACCAGGCUUCAUAUUACGUCAAGGCUUAUUAUGGUGCUAGAUUCCGACUUCUCCGCAAGCUACUGUUUACUGAAGGUGAAGAGGCGUUUAUACGGUCGUUGUCCCAGAGCACAUUUUGGACACCUCAGGGAGGAAAAUCCGGGUCAUUCUUCUACAGAACACAAGAUGAUCGCUUCGUAGUGAAGCAAAUGUCUCGUUUUGAGAUCCAAUCAUUUGUCGAGUUCGCUCCACACUACUUCGAUUAUGUCAAGACUGCCGUUGUGGAAAAUAAGUUAACAACAUUGUGCAAGGUAUACGGAGUAUUUCGAGUUGGUUACAAAAGCAAAACUACACAGCUGAAAGUGGAUAUUCUGGUUAUGGAGUAUUUAUUUUACAAACACAAUGUAAGUCAAGUAUGGGACUUGAAAGGAUCCCUGAGAAAUCGAAUGGCUGCGACGGCAAAAAGUACAUCUGAUCUCGUUUUAUUGGAUGAGAAUCUAAUGAAAGAUCUCUGGAAUAAACAGUUAUACAUUUAUCCGCAUGCCAAAGCGGCCCUGAAUCAAGCAAUCAGCAACGACAGUCAUUUCCUUAGCUCUCAGCACGUAAUGGACUAUUCAUUAUUAGUUGGUGUUGAUGAGACAAAUGGUGAAUUAAUUCUGGGAAUUGUUGAUUAUAUGAGGACUUACACACUCGAUAAGAAACUUGAAUCUUGGGUGAAAAUUGUCGCCAUUCCUGGUGCCCAUCUACCAACAAUACUUAGCCCGGAGAUGUAUUGUACGCGAUUUUCUGAAGCAAUGGACACUUAUUUUCCGGUCGUUCCUGACCAGUGGACAGGUCUCGGCUCAGCAGUUUCGUACUAA